CAAGUUGCAUCCAUCUCCAAUAAAGUACAGACUGAGAAAAAAACAGUGAAUAUAAGAAAAUUGGAAACGUACUUCUGAUCUCAGACCUUGCCAUACACAGAGAAGCCUUAUAAAUGUAAGAAAUGUGGAAAUAUCAUCAGCCAAAAGUAAAUUCUAAUUCAUCAAAAAAUUUAUACUGCAGAGAAACCUUGUGAAUGUGGGAAAGCUUCCAUUCAGAUGUCACACCUCAGUCAGCAGAAAAUUUAUAGUGGGGAAAACCCCUUUGCCUGCAAGGUAUGUGGGAAAGCCUUCAGCCACAAAUCAAAUCUCACUGAACAUGAGCAUUUUCAUAAUAGAGAAAAACCUUUUGAAUGUAAUGAAUGUGGAAAAGCCUUUAGCCAAAAGCAGUAUGUCAUUAAACAUCAGAACACCCAUACUGGAGAAAAGCUUUUUGAAUGUAAUGAAUGUGGAAAGUCCUUCAGCCAGAAGGAAAACCUCCUUACCCAUCAGAAAAUUCACACUGGAGAGAAACCUUUUGAGUGUAAAGAUUGUGGGAAGGCUUUCAUUCAGAAGUCAAACCUCAUCCGACAUCAGCGAACUCACACAGGAGAGAAGCCCUUUGUAUGUAAGGAGUGUGGAAAAACCUUUAGUGGCAAAUCAAACCUUACUGAGCAUGAGAAAAUCCAUAUUGGCGAGAAACCCUUUAAAUGUAGUGAAUGUGGAACAGCUUUUGGCCAGAAGAAGUACCUCAUAAAACAUCAAAACAUUCACACUGGAGAGAAACCCUAUGAAUGUAAUGAAUGUGGAAAAGCCUUCUCUCAACGAACAUCACUCAUUGUACAUGUGAGAAUUCAUUCAGGUGAUAAACCAUAUGAAUGCAAUGUAUGUGGAAAAGCUUUCUCUCAGAGUUCAUCUCUUACUGUCCAUGUGAGAAGCCAUACAGGUGAGAAACCCUAUGGAUGUAAUGAAUGUGGGAAAGCUUUCUCUCAAUUCUCAACCCUUGCUCUGCAUUUGAGAAUACACACAGGUAAGAAGCCUUAUCAAUGUAGUGAAUGUGGGAAAGCUUUCAGCCAGAAGUCACACCACAUUAGACACCAGAAAAUCCAUACUCAUUAAAAGCCCUGUGAAUACCUUGAAAAUGGCGACGUUUUCAUUAGGAAUUUACACAUCAUACUGUAUCAGAAAUAAUCAUUCUGGAACAGAGCACCAUAAAUGAGUUAAACCAACAAAUACUAAAAACUUAUGGGAUAUCAGAAAAUUUGUACUGAAGAGAAAGUCAUUUGUAUGAUAAAAAGCCUACAGAAAAACUUAUAGCAAAGGUAAUGCUGAAACUUUAGACAUAUUUCCACUGCAAUGGAAAUGGAGAACAUGACUGUUACCAUUGCUCUCGUCAUAGAUCUAGAGAUCUUCACCAGUGUAAUAAAGAAAACAUAUUGUAAGUAUUGAAAAUGAAGAGACAAAAAUAAAUGAUAGGAUCAACUACAAAUGUAAAUUAUUAUAAGACUCUUGUGGUAUUGAUUCAACAGAGCAGAAGAGAUUCUAGAAAGAGAUCUAUGCAUUUCUUAGAAUUUAGAAUAUGAUAGAAAUAGCAUCAGGUGAGGAAUAAUGGGACUAUUUUAAAAAAUGAUUUGGAGAUAAUUUGUUCUCCAAGGGGGAAAAAAUAGACUAUGAACUAUAAACAAAAAUAAAACCUACAGAGACUAAAAACAAUAAUAUGAAAAAGCUAUAUUCUGAUAUGGUUAUGACCUUGGGAAGUAGGGAAACAUUCCUUGUAACAACUUCAAAGAUACUUAUUAAUUCUACUUUUGAGUAUAUAUGCUCAGGAAAUAACGUACCAGGAUAUUACCUAUGGCUUGAUUUAUCGUAUACAAAAAUUGGAUACAACUUGAAUGCCCAUCAGGAACAAAAUGGAAAAUACUUAUGAUGGAAUACUGUAUAUCUGUCAAAUGCAACAAAUGAGAUCCACGUGUAUUAACAGAUCUCAAAAAUCUUGUUGACGGGGAAUCAAGUUGCAACAUGAUGCAUAUAGUACAAUGACUUUGUAAAUUUUAAUUAGAACUUCCCUCACAAAAUUCAGUACUGUAUACUGGUAAUGGUUACAUAUAUGUAUGUAAAUGUUUUGAAAUGGAUUGGAAGGAUACAGACCCAACUCUUGAUAGUGGUCACCUGUGAAGAGUGGAGAAGGGAAGGGAAUCAGUGUGGGAGGUGGGGUGGGGAUUGGUUAAAGGGGACUUCAGCUUUUUAUAUAAACAUCCAUUUCUCUUUAAAAAGACUGUAAGUAAAUAUAAAGAUACUAGUUAAUUCUGGAUUGUGGUAUAUGGAUAUCUUGUCUUAUUUUUUGUACUUUUCUGUAUUUUUAAAAUUUCUCAAUAAGAAUGGGGAAGAGGAUGGGAAUGCUUUACCUGUAGAAAUCACAUUAUAAUGGAUUCAUUCCCAAAUACUAAACUUUUUAUAGAAAAUAUUUCUAAAAUUUUAUCAACAAUGAAUGGAUGGACUUGCUCUCUAUGUAAUAUGAAAUUAUCUAUUUUAUUAAAAUUAAAAAUGACAGCAUACUCCAAA